GCAUGCCUGCUGAGGAGAAGCAAAGACAUAUCUGGAGAAUGGAGGACAGAAGCGAGGAGGACUGUGUGCAGGAGAACGGACGAAGUGACACGACAAAUGGCAAACCCAGCGGCUCUCCCAGCACCAGUCUGAGGAUGUUUCUGGUAGCAUUGUCGUUUGCCUAUUUUGCUAAGGCUCUGUCGGGGAGCUACAUGAAGAGCACAAUAACUCAGCUGGAAAGGCGCUUUGACAUCCCAAGCUACCUAAUAGGAGUCAUUGAUGGGAGCUUUGAGAUCGGUAACCUGUUGGUGAUAGCUUUUGUCAGCUACUUUGGAGCCAAACUUCAUAGGCCAAAGAUAAUAGCUAUGGGAUGCCUAUUGAUGUCUUUUGGCACCUUCAUCAUCGCUCUGCCGCACUUUAUCAUCGGACGCUAUGAGUUUGAAACAUCUGUACGGUGGAUGGUGAAUUCAACACAGAGCUCAUCGCCCUGUCGGGGAGAUGUACCGCAAGACCUGUCACAACCUGCUAGAUCACCUCCAGUGCCAUCAACAGGCUGUGAAGGGGAGUCCAACUUAUCGAUGUGGAUAUAUGUCCUCCUGGGGAAUGUCUUGCGGGGGAUUGGAGAGACACCCGUUCAGCCCCUGGGCAUUUCCUACAUAGAUGAUUUUGCUACAGAGGAGAAUGCUGCAUUUUAUGUCGGCUGUGUGCAGACCAUCUCCGUUGUCGGGCCGGUGUUUGGAUACCUGUUAGGCUCCCUUUGCGCCAAGAUCUAUGUGGAUAUCGGGUUUGUGAAGAUGGAGACCAUCACCAUCACACCUGCAGACGCCCGAUGGGUGGGAGCCUGGUGGCUGGGCUACCUUAUAGCUGGGGUCAUAACUUUACUCUCUGCCAUCCCGUUUUGGUUUCUACCUCGAUCUCUACCUACAGCUGGUUCAAGGGUCCCAAAGAAGGGCACUCAGGAGGAAGCAAGUUUCAUCAAGGAAGCCCCUCUUCCUAAACACAAGUAUCAAGCAGAGGAACACACUACUUUUAUAGAAAUGGCUAAAGACUUUAUUCCCACCCUGCGGACUCUACUGGGACACCCUGUGUAUGUGAUUUACCUGUAUGUGGUGGUGAUCCAGUUGAACUCUCUCAUUGGCAUGGUCACAUACAAGCCUAAAUACAUCGAGCAGCAUUUCAGACAGUCUGCUUCCAAGGCGAACUUUCUUAUGGGAGUGAUCAACAUCCCUGCUGUGGCCCUGGGGAUGUUUUCUGGUGGUCUGCUGAUGAAAAGGCUUAAACUGAACAUUAUGGGAGCAGCAAAGUUUGCUUUUUGCACCUCCUUGAUCGGAUAUGUUCUGUCGAUGUUCUUUUUCGCAAUGAGCUGCGAGAACGCCAAAGUAGCCGGAGUGACGGUGUCGUACGACAAUGUAGACACUGUAAGUUAUGACAAACACUCACUUUUCAUGCCCUGCAACUCAGAUUGCGUUUGUUCAUCGAGUGAGUGGGACCCGGUGUGUGGGCGGAAUGGCAUCACAUAUGUCUCUCCAUGUCUCGCUGGCUGCACCACUUCUACAGGCUCAGGGAAAGACACGGUCUUCUCUAACUGUAGCUGUGUCAGUGUGGCUGGUAACUUUACAGCCGCUACAGGUCAGUGCCUGAAUAAGGACGACUGCGACAGGAUGUUCCCAUACUUCCUAGCUCUCUCUGUCAUCACUUCCUUCAUCAUCUCGCUUGGUGGGACUCCAGGCUACAUGUUUCUCAUCAGGUGCAUAAAACCACAACUAAAAUCUUUGGCGCUUGGUUUUCAUGCUUUGGCAACACGUACACUUGCAGGGAUCCCAGCACCCAUCUACUUUGGAGCAAUCAUAGACACCACAUGCCUCAAAUGGGGUCAGAAACGAUGUGGAGGAGUUGGAGCCUGCAGAAUUUAUAAUACCACCGCCUACAGGAUAGCUUAUCUGGGCCUGACUCUGAGCCUAAGGACUAUCUCAUUCAUUAUUUGCAUCCCGGGCUUCAUCCUGCUCAGCCGGCAGCUGAAGGAGGAGAAAAAAAGCAUCCUGCACAGUGCCCUGACAAACGGUGGGACCGAACUGGAGGCACUCAGGAAGGAGGAGUUUGUGAUUCUGAAUUCUGAUCUAGGUGUGAAUGCGACAGACAACAGCACAGACAGACACACACAGUUAUGACUGCUCACAAGCAGAAGAGACUCAACAUUUGUUUUAUGCUCAUCACUGGAAAAGUACAUCCAAAGUAUGUACCAACCAAUGCACACACACAUAUAUAUUUAUAUAUAUACUUAUGAAAGAUUUGCAGGGAAUCACGUUUUGUUAAAUCACUGGAUGUAGACCAUAAAAAUCUAUAUUUGUACUGCUGAAUGUGUGAAGAUGUUGAGAAUCUUGAUGAAGUUUGACUCACCUGACGUAUCUUUGGAAUGUACUUUCUGACGUUUUUUUCUUUAACUUUCAAUCCGGAAACAAGGCUCAGACUGGAAAUAUGACUGGGAAGUGGUGGCCACUAAAAAAAAUAAAAUAAAACAGUACAGUUUGUUUUAAACACCAGCAUCUAUUGAGCUGCCUUUGAAGAUUAUUAUUUAAAAAUAAAGAUGGUUUAUCUCUGUUAAAAGUGUUGUUAAACAAAAUAGGUGAAAUGGCCUAGAAAUCCUACGCACAGGAGGCUUUUCUACAAAUGUUCUAUUUAGUUUUUACUUUUAUUUCCUAGUCUGGACGUAUUCCUGGGAGGUUUUGGAGGCUUUGCAGCUGGCGAUGUCAUGUUAAGUACACAGUAUGUGCCUCAUUCACUCAACAGUUACCUCUUUUCCAGCUGUCCUCCUGAUUCACAUGUGAAGAUUUAUCGAUUUGAGUUUUAGAACAUUUCAAGCUGCUGGUCAUUAAUCUUGAGUAGAGGUGGUGAAACUUUAAAAAGCCUUUGACCUUUUUUUUUUCUUUUUUUUAAAGUUCAAUUUGAUUUUAUUGC